AUGGGAAAACGACCGGCUCCGCUGGACCUGGACCUGGAGCCAGUCAAAGUACUGCUGCCGUUGAUGCAGUACCAGCGAUGGCAGGUGAUGAAUGCCUAUGCGGAGCGUCAUUCGGAGACAAAUGUCAUCGAAGUGAUGCAUAUCCUGUUGGCGGAUCCAAGAAUUCAGCUGGAUGCUACAAUCUAUACCAUUGGUAUUUCAGCUUGUGCAAGGGCCACGUUGCCACAGACAGCACUGGAGUUUUUUCAUUCGAUGCGGGAGAGGAAAGCUCAGCCAGAUCUCAUCGCCUGCAAUGCAAUGGUGAGCUCUUGUGAAAAGGCUGGGCGUUGGCGGCCAGCUUUGACCUUUUUGGAGUCGAUGCUCACCAAGAAACUUCAACCCAACAUCGCCACUGAGCAGUGA